GAGAGAUGGGGGGAGAAAGAGAGAGAGAGAGGGAGAGUCUGCUAGGAUAAGGCUGGACAGUCGAGGUGAGUUCAGAGUGAGACAGAAAGAGAGAGUCCAGAGAUGUUAAAACUUUCAACGUUUUCAGGCAGAAAACAACAAAUCACUGUGUGUGUGUGUGUGUGUGUGUGUGUGUGUGUGUGUGUGUGUGUGUGUGUGUGUGUGUUUAGUCCUACAAACGGGUGUAUUUAUUCAGGAAGUGUGAACACAUUUCACUCUCCCUCUUCAUUUACAACAGCGUUCAUUUUUGUAAAUCCAUCACCGUGGUGACAUUAUGCAAAUCUCGCCGAUCCAUUAAGCAAUUAAAGCGUCUGAUGUUACGCCUCCACCUCCGAGGAAAGGAGAGGGGAAAUUAAACAGGACAGAUGCAUCAAAACACACACACACACACACACACACACACACACACACACACACACACACACACACUAUAUGAUGCUGAAGCCUGCUCUAAUUUUUUUUUUUAAGGUGUGAGAAAGUGCAGUUUUUUAAAAGCUCUCCUCAAUUCGGGGUUGAAUAUCUGUGGGGGCGCCAGAUACGAACCGGAAACUUCCACAGAAAUAAUACGGCUUCGUAUCUGGUCCUCCGGCAGAGAUAUUCAACCUGCAAGUGAGGGGAGUUUUAAAAAAUUGCACUUUCUCUCACCCCAUAAAAAUGAAAUCAAAUGAAAGAAGUCUCAAACCUGAAAUGUUCUGUACAGACGGUACUGUACUUACCCAGGUACCCCCGAAACAAUGAAGACUGAGACUCGAACCCUUCCCGUUACAAAUCGACCCUAAAAGUGGAACUGAGAGCAAUCUUGAGCAUUACAUCUGGACUUAUGUUCUAAGUCUAAGGAACAAGAAUGUAUAAAUAAUGUAGUGAUGUACAUGUACCUUGUAAUGUGCUCUAGAGAUCAGUUUUUGCUGCAAGGCGCUAGGACCUUCCUGAGACCAGAUACUGAGGUUUCCACAAAAAAAAAACAUUCCAAAAUUUGUUGUGUGCCAGACACAAAGAUGGCGGUCGUAGUUAAAGCAAGUAAACUCGCACCGAGGAACCAGCACUGGACCACUCGAGAUGAUGAUCUCCUGGACCUUUCACUCACGCUAGACUACGCUAGCUCUGAUAACCACUCUGUACACGCGUGGUGAGCUGAAAAGCAUCUCAGAGCACAGCGCGGUGAACGGCUGAAGGGGACGGGCCACGACGGAUCGAUCGGUGUCUCGUUAACCUGCAGCAGAGGAAUUCGCUUUGAAAGAAAGAGAUGAAAUGAUCAAAUAUCACGUCACGUACGAAAUAUCGUCACUUCGCUCCUCGGACGAUGAUGUGAUGGGACUCAUGGAGCUCCAGUGAACAACUAGACUGAGAGGGAGAAAAGGACAGGAAUCAUGGGAAGGAGUAGGGGCGGGGAAAGAUGGAGAGACUGACACUGAAAGAGGAGACAAACAAAGACAGAACGAGGAAACAAGAAAAUGUGAGGAGAGUGAUGGAGGAUUUCCUGUUUACUGGAUGUAUUGUUCUCUCAUUCUGUCUCUCUCUCUUUCUUCUGGUAUCUCUCUCACACACACACACACAUGCACACACAUGCACACACACACACACAGGCUGAGAGGAACAGGUUGCGGUGUGUGUGAAGUCGAUUUGCAUCAGGAAAUGAUGCUGCUGCAGAUGCUUGUAUAUACAGUGGCUGAAACAGAAUACUCAUCAUAAUGGGGAAGCAGAACAGCAAACUCCGUCCCGAGGUGAUCCAGGACCUGCUGGAGAGCACCGAUUUCACUGAGGAAGAGAUUCAGGAGUGGUAUAAGGGCUUCCUCCGGGACUGUCCCAGCGGCGCGCUCACCAUGGAAGAGUUCAAGAAGAUCUACGGCAACUUCUUCCCAUACGGCGACGCGUCCAAGUUCGCCGAGCACGUCUUCCGAACCUUCGACGCCAACGGGGACGGAACGAUAGACUUCCGAGAGUUCAUCAUCGCUCUGAGCAUCACGUCACGUGGCCAGCUCGACCAGAAACUCAAGUGGGCUUUCAGCAUGUACGACCUGGAUGGCAACGGCUACAUCAGCAAGGCGGAGAUGCUGGAGAUCGUACAGGCCAUCUAUAAGAUGGUGUCGUCGGUGAUGAAGAUGCCGGAGGACGAAUCCACGCCCGAGAAGCGAACAGAUAAAAUCUUCCGCCAGAUGGACACAAACCGUGAUGGUAAACUGUCCCUGGAGGAAUUCGUGGAAGGAGCAAAGAACGACCCGUCCAUCGUGCGGCUCCUGCAGUGUGACCCGAGCAGCGCCGGGCAGUAAAAUGGGCAGAGCGACGCCACCUGCUGCACGGAACCCAACACUGCAGCGCUCUCCUUUUAAAACACACAGACCAGUGUGAGCGGGAAAUCAUUACAACGAGCAGGAGCGGUCUGCUUAGAGAAUCACACACACACACACACACACACACACACACACACACACACAUAUGGACUCAGUGACUUGAGUAAAUCCGUGUUCGGUGCAUACGCACUGAGACAGGAAACGGCGCCUUCACACAGGAAGUGCUGGUGCGAAAUGUACAUUUUGUGUAAUAUACAGUAGAAUCAUGGUACGGUCCGAAAUGAUGAGGUCUGGGAAGUGUUGGAAAGAACCGGAGGGAGAAAAUUGUAACUAGUUAGUAAAGUAGCUAAUUUAGCUGCGUCAUUUUGUAACUAUGAGUUCGAACGUUGCUCUGGGUUUUUGUUUCAUUUUGUCUUUUCGGUAAAACUUUAUCCCAUGACCCAGUGGCCUAACGUUCGAAUGGCCGCCAGGUUUGGUCCCCUGCAGACGGAGGCGUCGAGGUCACUUCAGAAUGCACCGUCAAAUGUUACGACGUCAGAUAUGAAGGGAAAUGUAUUAUAACGUGCUACCGCUCGCCUGCUCAGUGACCGCAAAGCGGAAUCGCCGUGGCGAGGUCAGAUUUUUAAAAAAAAUCCGUUUCUGAAUAACACUCUACGUGUGUCGUUGUCGUCGUUAUGGUAAUAUAGAGGAUACUGUAUCAUGAUCACCUUGAGCAAAGAGUUAUUGCGUGAGCAUCGUUAGCUAAGCUAGCUAGUUCAGUAACAUUAGCCAGCUUACACGAUAUUAACCUUACCGCUUUAGCAGUAUUUAUCCGAUGUUAUUAAGUGCGAUGAAGCUAUAACGCGUUACUCCGAAGUUGAUUAGUUUCCUAUAACAACACCCCCCCGAGUGCUCAGUGUUUUAUUCCUCUUACACCACAGCAAUUUGCCCACAGUUGCGAUUUAUUUUUUAUUUAUUAAAAAAGACAGAACAGCAUGCCGAUGAUACACUCGUGUAUCUGUUUAUAGUUACCGACUUUACCUCGCCGACACUGGAGACUCCUUCCGUAAAAUGUUAAAUAACUAAAUCGAAUAAAUCUCCGUAGGGAAAAACGUCGCCGCGAGCUGUUACUAUAGAAACGAUAACGUAUCGAGCAGCGCUGCGGUGUAACGCCGUCGUGUGGCGUCCGCGUACGAUGUUUCCGAUUUAUAUUAAAACAACGCGUUGAAAUAAAGAGCUUCGGUGUCGAGGUCAGACGUCAUGGCUCCGCCCUUCCUGACACGUGAAUCUGAGAGCGACUUUCUCAAGACCUUUUUUUAAAAACUUUUAUUAUAUUUAACGUCCAUCGCUUAGCAGGAAUCGCUUUCGAUCCGAAUAGGAGCGAAGCAGGUGAGGUGACCGCCGACGCUUCAGCGUUGUGAUCGACGUUACCCGUGUCUUGUUUUGAAGUGAGGUCAGCCUAUUCGAUAUACAGCAGCAUGUGAACGAGUCCAAUCGCAUUUCUGAUGCGCGCCGCGAUAAAAUCGGAUUUGGGACGUAGUAUAUUAUCAACCUUUUUUUUCGGAUCAGACCUCGUUUAUCGUGCGUAAAGUGAGACUCCGUCCGGUUCGCGUUCGCUCGGAAUAUCGGAUAAUGUUUUUGCACUGUACCCGAACACACGGCUAACAACAAGACGCCGACAGUCUGUACAGAGAUUUAUUAUAAAUACGAAUAAAUAAAAUAGAAAACCCGUUUAAAUAUGUUUCCUCACCGGAUUUACACUGGAUUAGCAGUAGACAUUUGCUGAUCUGAAGUUUUCUUAACUGUUUUCUUAAUUUUCAAGCUGACUAGCAUAGCUAACCUCGUAACAUUAGCUAGCUACAUUUACAACAUGUACAUUGUGAUGUAUCCUGUAACUGACCACCAGCACACGCCUGCUUAGCAUCAAACCGAGCUAAAUCAGCAGAGUUCUCCGUAUCUAAUUGACGACUCCCGCAGUGAACGUACACAUUAAAGUACUAAGAGGAGAAAAAACAUCUAUUUAUAUAAAAACAUAGGCAAUAUUUAUUCUUUUUCCUCUUACCGAUGGCGAUUCUGUCACGCUACGGGAUUUGUUCAAUUGACCAUUUUAUGUUUAUUUGAUGUGAAUUAUGUAUGGAAUGUUGUUUAAUGUCCGCUGUAAUGUGAGGCUCGGUUCGUUCAAUGUGAAGAAAAACUAAAAAGUUAUGCACAAUGGUAUUUUAUAAAUGUUCCAAAUGAAUUAUAAAUCCAAUUUUACUGGU